AUGUAUGUACGAGUUAAUGGUUUAAAAGUUGGGUAUAGUUGGCGGUGGCGAGUUUCUGAGGGUAUUUGUGGGAUAUGUCAGCAGGCUUUUGAGCAAAUGUGUCCGGAAUGUGUGCAUCCUUUGGAUUGUGUUCCGGCUUUAGGCGAGUGUAAGCACUACUACCACCAGCACUGUAUUCAGAAAUGGCAGACAAGUAGUAGUUUAUGCCCGAUUUGUCGUGCCGAAUGGGCAGAAGUAUCUGGGUUAUAA